UGUUUUGUUUUAGCCAGGGCGCGGCUUAUGGUUUGAGACGUUGGUGCGUUGCCAAUGCCUUCGUAUAAUAUGGAUGAAUUUGCAUAUUAAUGAUUUACUUUAAUACUUUAUACUGCAAAUCACUAUUUUAAAGUCUUGCCUUGAUAGUUUUGGGGUCAUGUAAUCUUACCAGAAAAGUAUCUGUUGACAAUUUCAUUCGUGUUGAUUGGCCGCGACCUUGAAGUUGACAUACUUGACGAAGUCUUAAAUAAUUUUGUGUAAUUCGUAUCUGACACUACCAAAAAUUUAAAGCUACAAGGAAGUUCAACUUGUACUUUAAAUCUAAUAUGUCUACAGGUGGCAGUGCUCGUCGGACUGAAGUGACAAGCGCCAAAGUGCGAAUUAAAGCCUUUCCUCCUUCGAUAGACGAAAGAUAUGCAAAUCAGCUAUGGGAUCAGAUAAAAAGUGCGAUUAUUGAAAUUCAGAAGAAAAACAACAGCUGUUUGAGCUUUGAAGAAUUAUACCGAAAUGCGUACACUUUAAUUUUACAAAAACACGGAGAACGUUUGUACGCGGGCACUGAAACCGUUGUCCGUGAACAUAUGACUAGGAUCCGUGACAGUAUUGUUGAAAAUCUAAAUAAUAAAUUUCUAACUUACCUCAACUCCUGUUGGAAAGAUCAUCAAACUGCUAUGGGAAUGAUUCGCGAUAUUCUUAUGUAUAUGGAUCGUGUCUACGUUGGCCCUCACAAUCUAGAUGGAGUUUAUAAAAUGGGGAUGACAGUUUUCUGUGACCUUGUGGUACGUCAUCCUGUAAUCCGAGAACACUUGCAGAAGACACUUUUAGACAUGGUUCGAAGGGAGCGUCGAGGUGAGGCAAUAUCACGCUCACAGAUUCGUGAUGCCUGUCAAAUGUUUGUUCAAUUAGGAGCCGGCUCACUACGUGUUUACCUUGAGGACUUUGAGCGACCAUUUUUGGAACAGUCUAGGGAAUUUUAUCGUGCUGAAAGUGAAAAUUUCUUGGCCGAAAACAACUCCGCUUCUCUCUAUAUCAAAAAGGUUGAACAGAGAAUCGAGGAAGAAAUUAGACGAGCGCAUCAUCAUCUUGAUCCGUCUACAGAGCCCAAAAUUGUUGCUGUUUUGGAGGAGGAACUUAUCAGUCGACACAUGGAAACUAUUGUAGGCAUGGAAGAUUCAGGGCUAACAUACAUGCUAACUCAUGACCAUUUCAGUGACAUUGCUGCUAUGUACGAUGUUCUUAGUAGGGUUGAAGAAGGACCAAAGAUAAUGAGUAACUGUAUUAGUCUCUAUCUUAGAGAGCAAGGCAGAAAUAUCGUCGGUGACACUGGUGCGUCAACUCCUCAACAGCAUAUUCAAGAUCUACUGAAAUUGCGUGAUCGUGCCAACGAAUUGCUAGCACGAGCACUAAAUAAUCAGACAAUAUUUCGUAACCAGAUUAACUCUGACUUUGAGUACUUCGUCAAUUUAAACCCCCGCUCUCCUGAGUUCCUGUCGUUAUUUAUUGACGAGAAACUUAAACGAGGCACUAGAGGAAUGGCAGACUCGGACGUUGAUGCUAUUUUCGAUAAAUGUAUUGUAUUAUUUCGAUAUUUACAAGAAAAAGAUCUUUUUGAAGGUUAUUACAAAAAGCAUUUGGCCAAGAGGCUGUUGUUAAGUAAAAGUCAGUCAGAUGACCAAGAAAAGAUAAUGAUAUCCAAACUUAUGGCAGAAUGCGGUGCCGUAUACACUAGUAAAUUAGAAGGAAUGUUCAAAGAUAUGGCGAUAUCUAAAACUCUUAUGGAUGAGUUUAAUGUUGUACUAACCAAUAGCAAUCACAAUUUCGGGUUAGAUCUGUAUGUUCGUGUAUUGACAACUGGACUUUGGCCGACUCAGGUAGCUAGUUCCAAUGAGGUAUUACCAGAAGAAGCCGACGCAGCAUUUAAGGUUUAUAAAAGCUUCUAUUUAAAUAAACAUAACGGUCGAAAAAUUAAUCUUCAAACAAAUAUGGGUUAUGCGGAAUUGUCCGCUGUAUUCUAUGGUCGUCCCGGUACAGAAACAAGCAUACCUCAGAAUUCUAUGGUUGAUUCACAUACCCAAGGCUUCCUUAUCCGUGGCUCCAGUUCUGGAUCUUCAAAUCAAAUGACAAGCCAGUGUAGUCAACCUGUGACAAGCAGUGGAUUGCCAAGCAGUCCUGGAGGUCCAAACACACUUGAUCCCCCUAGUUCAUUCAGUGCUUCAAAUCGAUCGAAUGUACGAAAGUAUUUCUUACAGGUUUCAACAUAUCAAAUGAUUAUAUUAAUGAAGUUUAAUCGACGCAAGCAGUACACCUUUGUUGAAUUGGCCAAUGAAACAAAUAUUCCCGAGCGUGAAUUAAAGCGUAGUCUUAUGGCUCUGGCUUUAGGUCGUUGUAAUCAAAGAAUCCUGUGUAAAGAGCCUAAAACACGCGAUAUUGAACCAAAUGAUAUCUUCUAUGUGAAUGACUCAUUCAUCUCUAAACAUAUCAAAGUGCGGGUACAAAGUAUCACUGUUAAAGAAAGUGAACCAGAACGCCAAGAAACUAGGACAAAAGUAGACGAGAAUCGACGUUAUGUGAUCGAAGCAACUAUAGUCAGAAUUAUGAAAGCUCGUAAAACAUUGAGUCAUGGACAGUUGGUUGUUGAAGUUAUUGAACAACUGAAAUCACGAUUUGUACCUACUCCUCUGAUGAUUAAACAGCGUAUUGAAUCCCUUAUUGAACGUGAAUUUCUCGCUCGAAUGGAAGAUGAUCGUCGUGUUUAUAGAUAUUUAGCUUAAUUGGUCUGUUAGCGGUUUUUCGUUUCUCUUUUCUUUUUUUUUUUUGAAGACAACUUGUAUCUUUCAAGUGAUACAUACACACAUACACACUCACUCACACACACACACAUAUAUAUAUAUAUAUAUAUAUAUAUAUAUAUAUAUAUAUAUACAACCAUUCCUUCAAAUUAUAUAACCCGUGCAAAUUGCUGUUCAACGUUUGUGUUUUUUGUGAAGUGUACGUUUUCGCUAGUUUUGGAAUUUAUAUAUAUAUAUACAUAUAACACCGUGUACUUUUCAAAUCUUCCAUAGUGUCUCGUGUGUCACAAGAAAUCUUCCAAAAUGACUAAGUAUCAGAUUGUUGAUUUCGAAAUGAUCUAUUCAAUCAAAUAUCUCUAUUGGUUCUUCAUGAAUAAUAAAUAAAUAAAUAAUCAAUCUUCUGAUAUUUCCGUACAAUUAUAAUUAGCUACCUACCUACUAACACAACUGUGCUCAUCUCUUCUCAAUCUUAUGCUUUGUUUUAUUUCCUUUAAUUUUUUCUCUUCAAAUAUAUUGAACUUCUUUAGCGUACUUGCCCUGCAUAAAUUACGUCUGAUCGGGAUUUGUUUUGGUUUUUAAUUUUCUCUCUGUCUGUGUAUGUACAUAACUAAACUAUUAUUAGUUACUUUAGUCCUUCAAAAUUUUUUGCAUUUUGAGGUGCGUCACUUCUUCUUCUUCUGUUACGACUACUACUACUGACAUUCUGGCUUACAUGUGUUCUUGAAGAAAGAAGGCAGUCUAAAACUAGUAAUUGCUCAGUUCCUGUUCCUCUCUCUCUCUUUCUCGACAAAAUGGACGAUUUUUUCACGAUGUAUGUACGCACCAUUGCAUGUGUGUUAUCCGGAUAUAUUAUAAAUAGUCGCCUAAUGCCUCACUCACUCACUCUUUCUCUCUUUCUUGCCUUUUUGCUUUUACACUGAAAAAUAUCUUGUUGUCCCCUCCACCUCACUCUUGCCGAUUGUUGUGACCUGGAGAAAUAUGAGAAAUUUUUUUCGGUGUGUGUGUGUGUGCGUGUUUGUGUUUUUGUGCAAAUGAACUUCUUUCUAUUAGAAGAAAAAAACAGAAACGGAGGGAAAUCACUGGCUGUGUUUUCUUUUUUUUUACAGAGAAAGAAAAGUUUCUAAUUCCUCUUUCUCGAUUUCAUCCAGUUUAUUAUUAUUACUACUACUACUACUAUCAUCAUUAUAUAAUUUGCCUUAGCUGCUGCCGCAUUGUAUGUGGACGGUAUGAAACUGUGUCUCCUGUCCUACACCGCCAAUGGACAGUUUUUUCUUUCGCCUCAUUUUUGUUUAUAAACAAAUAUUCUUCCCUUCUAUUUGUGUGUGUGUUCUUAUUGUUGUUGUUGUCGUUCUUCUUCUCCUUGAUUCUGCGCACACAAAGAUAGAUUUUUGUCCGUAUUAUAAUAUGUAUAUCAGGUUGACCCACCACCAGCCCAUAUCAUCUACCGUGAUGGGACAUAAUCUUCAGGGGAUCAUUUUCAGUGGAAAUAGGGCCUCCUAGAAUUUAACGCGCGCAACAUGGAUUCGUUUCAGGCAACUAGGAUUACUUGUUUCUUUUUCCUUCACUUUACCAGUGGAGAGCAGAGGGCUUCAAGCUAGAGUGGCUUGAAGUGUUUCUGUAGCAGUGGUGAUUAUCUUUACAGGAUGGGGUUGCUAACCAGCCUCCUCAUGCCCAACCUUUCCUCUU